AUGCCCAGGCCUGCUGAGGCAGCCCUUCUAUCCACUUCUCUGAUACCAACUGACAACAGCACCUACGAAGCACUGCCAUUGGUUGACUCCGAGUCUCUCCAGGCGUUGAUUACACACGAAGCGUUGAAUGCCAGUGCGCUAGAGCUCUUUGCCAUUGCCAAUGCUUCUGUCAAGGAGUAUGGCCAUCCAACCAGGGUCAUCGGCUCUGGAGGCCACUACAAGACCUUGGGCUGGAUUGAGAAACAGUUGAAGAACAUGUCUGACUACUACACGUAUGAGAAGCAGGAGUUCAAGGCUCUUAACGGAAUGGUCUUCAACCACUCGCUCUCAGUCAACGGUGUCAAGGUGUUGGACGAGAAGCCGUUCCAAUUGACGCCUGCUGCCCACGUCUACUGGGCAGACUUGGUUGUCAUCGAUAACUUGGGAUGUGAAGACAUCGAUUACGCGCCAUUGAACGCUUCUCUGUCGACAAACACCGUUGCCUUGAUCAAGAGAGGUGAAUGUCCUUUCGGAAACAAGUCCAGCUUGGCUGGUAAAUGGGGUGCCAGUGCUGCUCUUAUCUACGACCCAGAGUCUGAUGAGAUCAUCACAGGCACUCUUGGUACUCCAACAAACACCACAGUGGGCACCUUGGGUAUCUCAAAGACCUUGGCAGAGUCGCUCAUUGCUCAAAAGAACGCUGGUGUUCCUCUGAAGAUCAACAUGUUCAUCGCUGCUUACGUUGGUUUCAUCAAGACCAAGAACAUCAUCGCCACAACCAUUCAUGGUGACCAGGAUAACAUCGUUGCCCUUGGUGCCCACUCAGACUCUGUCGAGGCUGGCCCUGGUAUUAACGAUGAUGGCUCUGGGACAAUCUCCUUGUUGAACGUUGCAGCUCAAUUGACAAACUUCAAGAUCAACAACGCUGUCCGCUUUGCUUGGUGGGCUGCUGAGGAGGAAGGCUUGUUAGGCUCAAACUUCUAUGCCUACAACUUGACUGCCUUGGAGAACUCCAAGAUCAGAUUGUUUAUGGAUUAUGACAUGAUGGCUUCUCCAAACUUUGAGUACCAAGUUUACAACGGUUCUAAUGAGCUGAACCCACCUGGUUCUGAGGAGUUGAAACAACUCUACAUCGACUACUACGAGUCCAAGGGCUUGCCAUGGGUUUUGAUUCCAUUCGACGGUCGCUCAGACUAUGUCGGCUUCAUCGAAACCGGUAUCCCUGCUGGUGGUAUCGCUGCUGGUGCUGAAGGUAAGAACUCACAGAACGGUGAAGUCUUGGACAAGUGUUACCACGCCUUGUGUGAUGAUGUUACGAACUUGAACUGGGAUGCAUUCCUUACGAAUACCCAACUCAUUGCUCACUCUGUCGCUACGUAUGCAAACAGCUUGGAAGGUUUCCCAUUGAGAGAGCCACCAAAGGUUGCAUCCUCUGCUGAUGUGCCAUACAAGUUCAACUUGCACGGUAACUUCUACAUUAUGUAA